CAUAGCGCACCGGAAAUGUGUCGCAAAUAAAUCGAUUUGCUUGUGUACAUGCGUAGCGGGAAUCACACAGAUGUUUUGAAAUACCAAGGAAAUUAAGAUAGCGAGUUGAACUGCGACAUGGAGAAUCAAACCCAUGCUAAGAAAGCAUCUGCGCCCUCUGUGUCCCAAAUCAACGCAGAAUAUGUCACACAGUUGUCUAACAGAUACUGGGCUCCCCAUGCCAAGAAUAAACUACCAUUUGACCCAAAGGUUUUGGAAGAUGUCUAUGAGAGAGAGAUUCUCAAGUCCAAGUUCGCCAUUAGGAAGAUCAUGUUGUUGGAGUUCAGUCAGUACCUGGAGAACUACCUGUGGGUGAACUAUAAUCCUGAGGUCUCCAGUAAUGCCUACCUCAUGUCCAUCUGCUGCAUAGUCAAUGAGAAGUUCAGAGAGAACGUCCCUGCCUGGGAGGUGUUUAAGAAGGAGCCUAGCCACUUCCCGUACUUCUUUAAGUGUGUGAUGGAGGCCGUGCUGGCUGGAGAGGAGGCUGGCCUGACUCUGAAGGAGCAGACUGUACUGUUGGUCUUCCUUGACCACUGCUUCAACAGCCUGGAGGUGGAUUUGAUCAGAGAGCAGGUGCAGCAGCUCAUCUCACUGCCCAUGUGGAUGUGUAUCUUGCCUUCUAGACUGCAACACGAGCUGAAGAAAGUUCCCAAGCUCCAAAAGUUUUGGAAUCUGAUCAAGAAGAAUUUUGACAAGCUGGAAGGCAAAGCAUCAGAGCAAGCUAAGAUGGAGAGGACGUUCCUCUCUGCUCUCAUUAAGAAGUUUCUUGGUGUUCUGGUGUCCAUUUCCCCAGCAGGCCCUGUACCCAUGGAGAAGGUGCACUACUGCGAGAGGUUCAUCGAGCUCAUGAUUGACCUGGAGGCCCUGCUGCCCACCAGGCGCUGGUUCAACACGGUGCUGGACGACUCCCAUCUGGUGGUGAGCUGCCACCUGUCCAGUCUCAUGCAGAGAGAGAAGGAGGGUCACCUCUUCUGCCAGUUACUGGACAUGCUGAAGUUCUACACAGGCUUUGAGAUCAAUGACCAGACGGGCAACGCCCUGACAGAGAAGGAGAUGACCACACUCCACUACGACAGAAUCACUUCACUGCAGAGGGCUGCCUUUGCCCAUUUCCCAGAGCUGCAGGACUUUGCCCUGUCCAAUGUGGCAGCAGUGGACACACGGGAAUCCCUUACAAAACAGUUUGGUCAUCUCAGUUCCAACACUCUCCACAGGGUGGCCUCGUAUCUAUGCCUCUUACCAGAGCUGGCAGAGGGACAGGACACCACCUAUGAGAAGGAGGUCCUCCUGGAGCUGCUGGUGUCUCGUCAUGAGAGGAGAAUCUCCCAGAUUGAGCAACUUAAUCAAAUGCCUCUUUAUCCAACGGAGAAGAUUAUCUGGGAUGAGAACAUCGUCCCCACUGAGUACUAUUCUGGCGAAGGUUGUCUGGCUCUGCCAAAGCUGAAUCUGCAGUUCCUGACCCUCCAUGACUACCUGCUGAGAAACUUCAACUUGUUCCGUCUGGAGUCCACCUACGAGAUCAGACAGGAUGUGGAGGACGUGGUGACUCGCAUGAAACCAUGGCAGUCAGAGUAUGGUGGUGUGGUGUUUGGAGGCUGGGCCAGAAUGGCUCAGACCAUCACAGCCUUCUCCAUUGUGGAGGUGGCCAAGCCCAACAUCGGCGAGAACUGGCCUGCCCGCGUCCGAGCGGACAUCACUGUCAAUCUCAACGUACGAGACCACAUCAAACACGAGUGGGAAGGGCUGCGUAAGCACGACGUUUGCUUUCUGGUCACGGUGCGUCCCAACCUGCCCUACGGCACGCGCUUUGACCGCCGCCAGCCCUUUGUGGAGCAGACAGGCCUGGCUUACGUGAGGGGCUGCGAGGUGCAGGGCAUGCUGGACGACAAAGGCCGUGUCAUCGAGGAAGGCCCUGACCCCAAGCCCAAACUGAGAGGAGACACCAGGACAUUCAGAGUGUGGCUGGACCCUAACCAGUACCAGCAGGAUAUGACCAGCAGUAUUCAGAACGCCACUGAGGACCCCUACGAGUCCUUUAACAUCAUCAUGAGACGCAAGCCCAAAGAGAACAACUUCAAGGCUGUACUGGAGACGAUCAGGAACCUGAUGAACACUGAGUGUGUGGUCCCAGAAUGGCUCCAUGACAUCAUCCUGGGCUACGGUGACCCAGGCUCCGCCCACUACUCCAAGAUGCCCAAUCAGAUCUCCUCCCUGGACUUCAAUGACACCUUCCUGUCGAUCGACCACCUGAGGUCCUGUUUCCCUGGUUACACUGUCAAGGUCACCGAGGACAACCCUGAGCUGCAGAUACCCCCUUUCAGAAUCAAGUUCCCUGUGCAGAACAAGGUAGACAAAGGCAAGAAGAGGAAGGCAGACUCUGAGGAGAAAAAGGAUGAAGAAAAAACGCUUAUAGUGGAGCCUCACGUCACGCCCAACCGGGGACCCUACCCCUACAACCAGCCCAAACGAAAUACCAUCCAGUUUACACCAACUCAGAUUGAGGCCAUCCGCGCUGGGAUGCAGCCUGGACUGACCAUGGUGGUGGGUCCUCCAGGUACAGGAAAGACCGACGUGGCCGUCCAGAUCAUCUCCAACCUCUACCACAACUUCCCUGAGCAGAGAACCCUCAUAGUCACACACUCCAACCAGGCUCUGAACCAGCUGUUUGAGAAGAUCAUGGCUCUGGACAUAGACGAGCGUCACCUCCUGCGUAUGGGCCACGGAGAGGAGGCACUGGAAACCGAGAAGGACUUCAGCAGGUAUGGGCGUGUGAACUACGUGCUGGCCAGGAGGCUGGAGCUGCUCCGAGAGGUGGGUCGUCUGCAGGAGAGUCUGGAUGUCCCUGGAGACGUGUCCUACACCUGUGAGACCGCAGGACACUUCUACCUCUACCAGGUGAUGUCUCGCUGGGAAGAGUACAUGAGCAAGGUCCGGUCUAAGCAGGGCUGUCCGGUGGAGGCCGAGGCCGUGGCAGCACACUUCCCCUUCCAUAAGUACUUCUCCAACGCCCCCCAGCCUGUGUUCUACGGUCGCUCCUACGAAGAAGACAUGGACAUCGCAGAGGGCUGCUACCGACACAUCAAGAAGAUCUUUACCCAGCUGGAGGAGUUCCGGGCCUUUGAGCUGCUGAGGAGUGGACUGGACCGUUCCAAGUACCUGCUGGUGAAGGAGGCUAAGAUCAUCGCUAUGACCUGCACCCACGCUGCCCUCAAACGCCAUGACCUGGUAGAGCUGGGCUUCAAGUAUGACAACAUCCUGAUGGAGGAAGCAGCUCAGAUCCUGGAGAUCGAGACCUUCAUCCCUCUCCUGCUGCAGAACCCAGAGGACGGUUACAGCAGGCUGAAGCGUUGGAUCAUGAUAGGAGACCACCACCAGCUGCCCCCCGUCAUUAAGAACAUGGCCUUCCAGAAGUACUCCAACAUGGAGCAGUCCCUGUUCACCCGCUUCGUACGCCUAGGGGUGCCCACCGUCGACCUGGACGCUCAGGGACGUGCCCGCGCCAGGAGAAAUCCAACGGCCAGUAUCACGACCAGUAUCACGGCCAGUCACAACACUGGCGGUCUGUGUAACCUGUAUAACUGGCGCUAUAAGCAGCUGGGGAACCUGCCCCACGUACAGCUCUUGCCCCAGUUCCAGGCCCCCAACCCUGGCCUGACCUUCGACUUCCAGCUAAUCAACGUGGAGGACUUCAACGGAGUGGGGGAGUCCGAGCCCAACCCUUACUUCUACCAGAAUCUCGGUGAGGCAGAGUACUGUGUGGCUCUGUUCAUGUACAUGCGUCUGUUGGGUUACCCUGCCGACAGGAUCAGCAUCCUCACCACCUACAAUGGACAGAAACACCUCAUCAGAGACGUCAUCAACCAGCGCUGUGCUGGGAACCCCUUCUUUGGACAGCCCAACAAGGUGACGACUGUGGACAGGUUUCAGGGUCAGCAGAAUGACUACAUCAUCCUGUCACUGGUCCGCACCAGAGCUGUGGGACAUCUGAGGGAUGUGAGACGGUUGGUAGUAGCCAUGUCCAGGUCCAGACUUGGCCUCUACAUCUUUGGACGGGUCAGUCUGUUCCAGAACUGCUUUGAACUGACUCCUGCCUUCAACCAGCUCACUGCCAGACCCAUGAAGCUCCACAUCAGACCCAAUGAAUAUUACACCCAGGGACAGCCUAGAGAGCCUCGUUCGUCCCAGCCCGACCAGGCGAUCAAGGACAUGCCGGAGAUGGCCAACCUGGUGUACAACAUGUACAUACACAUGAUCCAGAGCUCCCAGCAGUACAGACAGCAACAGCAGAAGCUCCUGCCUCCCCCUCGGCAGACACAGGCAGAGGAGGACCAAUCCGAGCCCCCAGUUGAAGUGGAGAACCAGGAAGGGACCCCAGUUGAAGUGGAGAACAAGGAAGAGACCCCAGUUGAAGUGGAGAACCAGGAAGAGACACCGAUGGAGCAGGAGCCCUCCGGGGAGGCCGGCACAGAGAAGACCCCACAGGAGACACCAGAGAAGGUGCAAGAGGAGCACCCCAAAAUGCCAGAGCACCCUGGCCGAGAUAGCGACAGUGAUGGAGAGGAGAGUGACGAAGCGGAAGCACCUUAAGGUGGGGCUUCUCUGUGGGCCUCUGCACUGCUUUAUCUGCCCAUAGAUGCGGCCAGAACUGGACUGUCCCUUAGAAAAGAGCUUGGAGCUAAAAAUGAUUAUCCUGUUUUAGAAUUAUUUUUCUACUGAAGCCGUGAAGAUGUCUUGAGAAGCCUUGAGGAUAAUGUUUAAUUUGAUUUUCUGAAAUGGUCUGUUUUGUAAUCUGUACUUUUGUAUUAAAAUAAUUCUCAAUGUGAA